AUGGCUACAGAGCAGUGGUUUGUGGGGCCUCUUCCUCUGGGCCCUGGAGAAACGCCGCCCAGGGAGGACUUGGAACGCAGAGAGCAGCCUUGUGGAAACUCCUCGUGGUCGACGCCCCCUGUUAUUAACGGAGACCCACCGGAACCAGAGCCCAGGGACGUCCAGGGCCAGCUGCCAGAGGACUUAGCGACCUCUACACCUUCCCCUGAGCCUCUUGUCCCCCCUGGGCCAACCGCUCCCCGCCUACCCCUAGACACUAUGUUCAGCCCCAUCACCCAACAGCUCUGCUACCUGCUCAAGAAGGCAGAUGAUUUCCAAAGCUACUUGCUCUACAGCAGGGACCGAGUACAGAAGGAACAGCUGGCAAAGGCCAUGCCAACCUUCCUACAGAUGUGUGAGCCCUACUUCCUAUACUUGGAAGCAGCUGCAAGGAGCAUUCCCCCUAUCUAUGGAGCCCUGCAGGAGUUGGUCCGAAAGGGGCUGUUAGAGAUCUCCCAACAGCUGACCCUACGCCUGGAACAACUGGUGCUCAUGUAUGCCUCCUUUGGGUUUGUGAACUUGGAGGAAACUGACCCUCUAAGCAUCUCCUGUUUCUUCUGUGGAAGAUUCUCCAUCAGCCCUUCCCAUGAGGUGUCUAUCUUCAGAUACUGUGCCCCAGCUGCCUACACUGCCAGCCGUUUCCCCAGAUACCUCUAUAAGAAGAUGCGCUGGAACCUUGAAACUAUCCCAGAGCCCAGUGGCAGGGGACAAGAUUCCCAUGUGGAAUACUACUUCCUGUGCUAUCGGGAUACAUGGGAAGAUACAGGCAAGAGUCCAGCCAAUUCGUGCCCCCAGAUCCAGAAGCUGUGGUCCAUUGGUCGAUGGCUGCCCCUAGGGCCAGCUGAGGAUGACCUUUAUUCAUGGAUUUUGUGCCCACAGCCACCUGGAGACUACCAACAACUGCUGACCAUCGGCUUCGAGGAACCAUCGCACAUACUGGCCACCGACCUGCUGGUGCAGAUCCUCACAGGCCAGGCAGGCCCGGCCCGGCCACCGAGCACAGCCGGGCCCGCAGCGUGGGCAGCGCAGGGGUCUUGA